GUUGCUCGCGCCUGCUUUUUUUUUUUUUUUUUUCUUUUCUUUUGGUUUUUGGUUUUUGGUUUUUGGGUUUUGGGGCAUUUUCGCGACAUCUCCUCCCUGCCUCCCGCCCUCUGUCUCGCCCAUUCGCCCUCGCCCACAACAAAAGAGCAGCAAGCAAACAGCACUGGCCAUGUUCAAGCGCGCGGUGAAGGACAAGGACGCCAAGGACGCCAAGGACAAGAAGGCCACUUCCCCUGCGCCUCAGGCAGCAACCCCAGCGCUGGCGGCGUCUGGCUCCCAAGGCGGCAGUAGUGUCGGCAGCAAUGGCCCCGCAUCGGCCUCGAGUGCCCUGACACCCCCGAGCCCGACCGGCUCUGUCGGCAGCAAUUUCAGUUACGACGGCUCGGUGAAACUCGCCAAUCCCCGCUUGGCCGGUUUGAUGGUCGAGGAAGGCGGCGAAAAGCUCACACUGAAGGCGCCGCGCCUUGCAACCGCUCUCUCGGCCCUGCUCGCGCUGCGUGUGGAAAUCCCAACCACCGGCCAGUCUGGCAAAGUCAAGCUCUCGCCAUACACGCUGGUCAAGGACGCCAUCCAGCUCAUCAUUCGCGAAAUGGGCGUCAAGACCGACGAGCCGUUUGGCAUGCUCGCCAAAAUCAUCAAGGACGGCGCUGAAGUCGGUCUGUGGUUGCUGGAGGAACGCACUCUCUGGUCGUACCAACUCGAGGAAUUGACGUUGAUCGAAGUCAAGCCAAAGACCCCUGAACAUCAUGAAGUUCGUGUUGUUGUGCCAGCUCAGGAGAUUGUCAGCACACUGUCGUAUGAUCAGUUCACCACUGUCCGAGAGGUCACCAAUGAAAUUCUGAGCCAGCAUCCCUUCCUCGAGAAGCAGCAGUACGCGCUUUACUUGACUCGCGAGUCGCUGUGGCUCAACGACGCAGAGACGCUCGCAUCCUACCAGCUGGGUGUUCAGGACAUGGUGGAAUUCAAACAGCGCACAGCAGCGACCGAAGAAAAAGCCAAGUCCGUUCUGCUCGAUAUCGGCCUCCCAGAGCACGGCACAACUCGCAAGCUGCUCGUGCCACUCACCACCACUGUGGCCGAGGUCAUCACCAUGCUGCUCCGCAAAGCGGCCGUCAUUGACACGAGCAACUAUGGCCUGUACCUGCUUCCGAACGCCAACCGACCGGGUAUUUGGAUGGAAGACUACAAGUUUUUGGCCUCCUUCCAGCUAGAGAGCCGCGAGCAACUCGAGUUUAAGAGCAAAUUCAAGCAAUUCUCGAUCGAAAUCCAUCUGGCCUCGCGCGCGCGUCCUCCGCACAGCGAAAACAAGCCAAUCGUCCUCAAGCCGCUGGUCGACGAUUCUGCGACCGUGGCAGAGGCCAUUGACAUGGUUAUCACCGAGUAUUCGCUCAACAGCAACCGCAAUUACGGUCUGUUCAUGUAUGACGAUGAGCAGCAACCGCCAGAGCGCAAGCUGUUUGACAUUGGCAACAAGGAGUUCCUUGUCUUCCGAGCCAUCCGCAAGAACAUGCGUUGUGCGCUUGCCAGCGAGCCUCAGCAUGUCGAGUCCGUUUCGCUUGACGUGGACGAGGUGGCAUCGCUGAUCUGCGAGACUGUCGCCCGACGAUUCGGCCUCCCGCAAACUGCAGCCUACCGGCUCCGCCACGACGCGCCAACCGGACCCGUCGUGCUUCAAGCCAGCCAAUCCCUCUUUGAUGCAGGUGUGCCGGACGAGGCGCUCCUCCUGCUCUUCCUCGACCCACUCGCUCCCAAGGUUGCUCGCUCUCUCGGCACGGUCAAGCGAGCCUUGUCACGCACCGACUCCCGUCUUGUGGAGGUCGACUAUGAGGUGAACAUCUGGGAUGAAGGUCCAGACUCUGAUGCGAACAUUCUUCUGGAAACGCAGCCAGACAGCGAGGGCAACCGACAAGUCCGCGCUGCCAGCUUCAACAAGCUCGUGGAGCGUCUCACAGACAGCAAGAUGGCAGAUCUCAAGUUUGUCAAAACAUUCCUGCUCACCUACCAGUCGUUCACGUCACCUGAGCGACUGCUUCAAAAACUGAUUGAGCGCUACAAUGUGGUGCGGGCCCCUAAUUCGUCGUAUUCUGACUUCCAGGUCACUCAGCGCUCGAUUCAAGCGCGUGUGUGCAACGCGCUCAAGUUGUGGAUGGAAAGCCCACAGCCCGAUUUCGAAGGCAACGAGGAGCUGCAAGAGGCCGUCCUCAGCUUCAUUCGCGAGACUGUCUCGGUGGAUGCGCCAAAGCUGGCAAAGGCUCUCCGCAAUGCCAUGCAGAAGGCCAAGCUCGGCGGCGCCAUGCGCGAACGCAACUUUGGCUGCGACGACAACGCCCCCGAAGUGAAAGUCCCCAAGAACAUGAACGAAAACCUGAAUUUGAUUGACUUCGACCCAGAGGAGAUUGCUCGGCAGUUGACGCUGAUUGACUUUAGGCUUUUUGCGUCCAUCAAGCCAGCCGAACUUCUCGGCCAGGCGUGGAACAAGGAAUCCCAUCAUCAUCGUGCCAUGAAUGUGAUGGCCCUCAUCAAGCGAAUCAAUGAUGUUGGCUCGCUGGUUGCCACGGCCAUUCUGGUCCCCAAGGAUCCAAAGACUCGCGCUCGGGCAUACAGCACGUUUAUCACCGUCGCUUCGCACCUCUUUAACAUGAACAACUACUCCACUUGCAUGGCUGUUGUUGGUGGCAUCAACAACUCGGCCAUCAUGCGUCUCAAGCACACCAAGAAGGAAAUUGACAAGAAGCUUCUCAAGCGCUUGGCGGACAUGGAAAAGUCGCUGAGUCCGGAGAAGAAUUACCGCGAAAUGCGAGAUUUGCUGCACAAGGUCAACCCUCCGUGCUUCCCCUAUUUGGGCGUUUACACGUCGGAUUUGACCUUCUUGGAUGAUGGCAACCCAAAUUUCAUUGGCGAGCUUGUCAACGUGGAAAAGCGCCGUCUGGUCUUUAACAUCAUCACAGACUUGAUCACCUUCCAAGAUAAGCCUUAUAACUUUAUGCCCUUCCCCGAACUCAAGUCGAUGCUGUUGAAUUUCGACGUCAUCAAUGACAAGGAGUUGUAUGAAUAUUCUCUCAAGCGCGAGCCCCGCGAGUAGAGGAGGUCGCUGCCAAUUUGUGUGUCUGUGUGUGUACGCUUAUGUGUUUCGACUUGUUUACGUUUCUGUCUCGUUUAUUGUUGAAAAUAAUCGACAGCUCUCGUUUUCCUCGG